UGUUAAUAGGCUGAGUGUGCAUCAGAAAUCAGUAACACAGCUGGUCCUGUCGAAGCCAAGGAAGAACUCCUGGAUGAAUGUGAUAGUAUUUGGAAGCAGAUUGAAGAGGGUCAGAGCAAGCUAAUGCUUCAGGGAACAGAGACACUGCCACCAUCAGAUACCAAGCUUUCCUUGUUAAUGCUGCGAUGGAAAGCUUUAACAGUAGAUGUUCGUCAGCAGCAAGCAAGAAAUCCUGAAUUAAUUUCUACCAAUCCAGAUGUACUAUUAGAACUGGGAAAAGAAGAGUUGCAGAAAGUAAAAAAUGAUCUUGAAACGGUGCUGUCAACACUUCGGUUAAAGAAUAAACGACUGGAAGAAGAUCUGAAAAGAGAGCAGCAGUGGAAUGAGGAACAGAAACAGAUACUAGAGACUCUUAAUAAAAUGGAAGAAGAGGCAAAUACCGAAGUUGAACAUCCUUCCACAAAAAGUUUGAAAACUAGAGAACUCAAUGGGCUGAAAAAUAAACUACUGAAAAUAGAAACCUAUAAGAAAGAACUCUUGAGUGCUUUGGGUGAAUUUCUGGAUAAACAUUUUCCCCUUCCAGAGGAAGAUGAAAAUACUGAAAAAAAGCUUUUCUAUACCUUUUGACUCACUUGGAUCACUUGGCUUAACUACAGGUACCUCUUAAUCUACAUCUAAGUAAUUGACUGGGAAGGCAGGACAGCAAGCCAUUUUUGCCUACAUUUAUUGAGUGCAAGAAAUACAAAUUGUAAUCACUGAAAUGAAUUAGCAAUGAAAUUAGCUGUUACGUUGGUUCACAAGAACACAUUAUUCACUUCUCCUAUCAGCUUGGUUCAGCAGUCUAGCAGCACCAAACUCUGCACAUCAGCAAUUUUGCUUCACUUUGUGGAAGGAUGUUAUGUUCACAGUGGUUCUGUGUGAGGGCAGAUGUGCAGGGUUGAUGUCUGUAGGACAUGGCUUCAAUAUAGUUUGAACUGCUCCAAGCCUCACUGGUCUGGUUCCACCCUCCUUUCAUCUGGCGACAUGCAUGUGGGAUUGGGAGUGGGAAUGGGAGUGAAGACUGCAUCAUAACAGCUCAUGUUGGCUUCCAUUGCCAUGGCCCAACACCUUUAAUAUAGGUAGUGACUGUAGUAACAAUGAUCUUGCAUUUUAAAUCUAGCAUAAAAAUCUACUUAAUUUUUUUCAAGAUAAUAAUACGAAAAAUCAGAGGCUGAGGAAUAUUCUUUAUGCAAAUCUGUCUGAUAGGAAGGGUGAAGAAGGUGCCUUUCAGGCUAAAUAAUGAAAUGCUGAGCAUCCUGCUUAACGACUUUAUAAGCAUUAAGUGAUUAGCAGUCCUUAAUUGUAUUAGUUGUAAUUUUGACCAGGGAAAUAUAUCAGUAAAGGUUGUGAAGUUUCACGUUUGCUCUAAGGAACUUUUGGCCGAUAGGUAAUGUCAAUUCUAUUUCCUCAGCCAGAAAUUGAGAUAAGGGCAUAUAGAUAGAUGUUAUUGGGUCAGAGCAUCAGGAUUUGCAGAGCUUCCAUGGAACAGGCUCUCCCUGGAAACUGAAACUUCUGACUGUCUGCACGUGAGACUAUUACAAACUGCGACUGGGAAGAAGGAUCCAGAACUUGCCUUUCAGAAUAUUCUUCUUUCUUGCUUGUAUUCUUCCUCUGUUCCAGAAGUGAAAUUUGUAUAAGGUGCUGCACAGCUGGUAAUAUCUUGGGUCUUAAAUUCAUGCAUUCAACAGCAAUGCUGAGAAAGCCAGUGGAAUAUUAUCUCCUUUACUUUGUUGAAACUGAAGUGCAUGGGGGAAAAGAAUAAAACUGGAAAAUUAAAGAAUCAGGUUUACCGUGCAACAGUACACGCAGAUCCAUUGACAUUGCUGCCAAAGGAAUCUCUAUAGACAAAUGGCUUGAUUUGCUUGCUACAAAGGAAAAGAAGUAAUCUUUUAGUGGUAUUUUAUCAUUGCCUUUUAUUCCACCAAAAUUUUUAAUUAUUCUAUUUCUCAGCCUUGAUAAGAUAAAUGUCUUAGUCAAAUUCAAAGCAAGUAAGUAUUCAUUGUCAAAUUAUGAAAAAAAAUAUUGAGGCAGUAUGAAAUUAAGUCUUGAGUUGUGUCAAAUUUCUAUUAUAAACAUUUAUUUAAAGCUCAUGAAAAAUUUUUUUUCCUCCAACAAAUUUCUUCACAGAACAAAUUCUGCACUACAUUAUAAAUUUGAUGUACUUGGUUUUAUUUAAAUGUAAACACAGAUGAAAACAUUAUGAUCACUUUAGAUAAAUCUCUCUUGAUAAUUCAAAAAAUGUUACAUUUGAAGUGUAGGAUUUUGAACUGGUAGAUUUAAAUCUGACUAAAAGUUUUCAUCUUUUGUGUACUAUGAAAUCAAAUAAUUGUGUAAUUAUUUUACUUUGUCAAUUAAAAUUUUUCUUAACUGGUUUGGGGGUUUGUUAAUUUGGCUGGGGA